CACUUCCUGGUUACCUCAUAAAAACAACCCGACGAUGUAGCGUUGACGUUUACGAGGAAAGACCUUCGACAGCUUAUGAUACAAUCGAGUUUAUGGUUUUUAUAUUACCUACCGAAUAGUGACUAGCUACCAUAGAGUCUAGGGUUCACACCCACUGAACACAGUUAAUAUCGACAGUGACGAUACCAUUGAAAUUAUGGAUUAUAUGUACGGAAUAACAAUUACAACGUAGAGUUUAUGGUUUAGAUCUACAGCAGAGUUAAAACCUUACAGAACAGAGACAGAGAGUUUGUGAUCCCAUGGCUUCGAGGAUUUCCUUCAGCCCGGGGCAUGUUGCGUUGGUGAAGGAGGAAAUGGCGGCCCCUAGUGGCCGGGGCGUGCUGGUGACGGGGGCCUCGGGGCUGCUGGGUCGGGCGGUGCUGGCUGAGUUCCAGAAGGGGGGGUGGAGGGCGGUGGGGACGGCCUACAGCAGGGCGCGCGGCUCCUUGCUGCGCUGUGACCUCCUGGACGAGGAGGCUGUGAGGAGCCUGCUGAACCAGCACAAGCCAGACGUGAUCGUCCACUGUGCGGCGGAGCGGAGACCAGACGUGGUGGCGCGCCACCCAGAGGCCGCGGAGAACCUCAACGUCCACGCCACCGGGGCGCUCGCCAAGGAAGCAGCGGCAGCAGGUGUGGUCUUCCUGUACAUCAGUACGGAUUAUGUGUUUGACGGGCGACGCCCCCCUUAUGGAGAAGACGACGCCCCAAACCCUCUCAACCAAUACGGACGCAGCAAGCUGGCGGGAGAGCGAGAGACAUUCCGCCAAUGCCCAGGCGCCGUGGUGCUCAGGGUCCCGAUCCUCUAUGGGGAGGUGGAGAGUGUGGCGGAGAGUGCAGUGACUGUGCUGUGGCCGGGCGUGCAGCAGGGGGCAGCAGAGAGCUGCGUCCUGGACCACUGCCAGCAGAGGUUCCCGACCUACACCGGUGACGUUGCAGCCGUUUGUAGGAACAUCGCAGAGCGAAGCCUGCAGGAUGCUUCUGUCCAGGGUAUCUUCCACUUCUCUUCUAAGGAGCAGAUGACCAAGUAUCAGAUGGCGGUCGCCAUGGCAACGGCCUUUAACCUGCCCUCCACCCACCUCAUUCCACUGACCGAGGCCCCCCCCGGGGUCACUCGCCCACAGAACGCUCAGCUGGACUGUUCCCGCCUCCAGCUGAUGGGUCUGGGCGUGGAGCCCCGCCCCUUCUCCGACACCAUCACUUCCUGUCUCUGGCCCUUCCUCCCGGACAAACGCUGGAGACAGACCGUCUUUCACUGAGACGGACGGACGGACGGACAGACAGACGGACGUACAAGACGGACAGACAGAAGACAGACAGACAGACAGACAGA